CAUGCGCGGAGUACGGCGUGUCCCCCCCCACCCCUCUCCAGCUCGGAGCGAGCUCUUUCCGGCGCGCUGCGUGUGACGCACUCGGUCGGCGCCGGGCUGGCCGGCGGUCGGGAGAGCGGCAGGAGAUGGCGGAGUAUCUGGCCUCCAUCUUCGGCACCGAGAAGGACAAAGUCAACUGUUCAUUUUAUUUCAAAAUUGGAGCUUGUCGUCAUGGAGACAGAUGUUCUCGAUUACACAAUAAGCCAACAUUUAGCCAGACCAUUGCCCUCUUGAACAUUUACCGUAACCCUCAAAACUCUUCCCAGUCUGCUGACGGUUUGCGCUGUGCUGUGAGCGAUGUUGAGAUGCAGGAACAUUAUGAUGAAUUCUUUGAGGAGGUCUUCACAGAAAUGGAAGAGAAGUAUGGUGAAGUUGAGGAGAUGAAUGUUUGUGAUAACCUUGGAGAUCAUCUAGUUGGAAACGUGUAUGUCAAGUUUCGUCGUGAAGAAGAUGCAGAAAAAGCUGUGAUUGACCUGAACAACCGUUGGUUUAAUGGGCAGCCAAUUCAUGCUGAGCUCUCUCCUGUGACUGACUUCAGAGAAGAGUGCACACGAGGAGGCUUCUGUAACUUUAUGCAUUUGAAGCCCAUUUCUCGAGAAUUACGACGUGAGUUAUAUGGGCGUCGUCGUAAGAAGCAUAGAUCCAGGUCGAGGUCCCGUGAACGUCGUUCUAGAUCCAGAGAUCGUGGUCGUGGUGGCGGUGGUGGUGGCGGCGGAGGAGGAGGAGGUGGAGGACGGGAACGUGAUAGGAGGCGGUCGAGAGACCGUGAAAGAUCUGGUCGAUUCUGAGCCAUGCCAUUUUUACUGUAUGUCUGCUAGAAAGUGGUGUAGUUUGACCAAACAAGUUCGUAAUGAGAUUUUUUUAAAGAAGGGCUUCUGAAUAAAAAUUUGUAGUGAUACAGUAUUCUUUGUGUAACUUGUUUCUUGUGGGGGAAGUCUUUUUAACUGUCAUUCCUCUAUCUUGACAAAUACCUGGAAUUAACUAUGCUUGAGUUAAAAGGUGGCAAUUGUAUUGGAGGUGUGCCAGUCUUUACAUUCAGGUAUGAAUUAAACUGUUAAUGAAAAUGCAUGUAUAUAAUGUAAAUUAUAUACAUGGGGGGACAAAUAUACUGCUUAAGAAAGUUACCCACCUAAAUUUUCCUUUUCUGCUAUGUUGUCUGCUUAUUUAGGUUAGUUUAGGCACAUUUAAAGGAAGGCUGUGCGAAGCGCUUUUAUUUACCCAAUAGAAAUGCUUAGUUACAAAAUAUGUAUGUUUGUUUGUUACUAGAAGUCUGUGCACUGUCUAUCACUGUGACUGUGGCAUUUACAAUAAAUCCAGUUCUUUGG